CUUUGGCAAUGGUGCAACAUCAAUUGUGCGAUAAACCGGACCACCACUCAUUCUUCACAUAACCAUUCAUGUUCAAAAGCACUCGAUUCAUUUAUUCCUCGUUUUGCCUAUUUCCCGUUCUUCAUAACAAUCCAUUUUGGUGGUGGCGGGUGAGGCGGCGCGGCUGCAACCACAGAAUUGAGCUCCGGCCAGGGUGUCCCCGGCCCUGGCGAGUACAAACCGGAGACGGGACAACCUCAAAAUUUAAAGAUAUUUAGCAUCAUAACAUAUUAGGCAGCAAAACAAGAAAAUAAAGGCCGGUUAGGACACCGGGAAAACUCGGUGGGAGAAAGCGGAGGAAGGUUUGAAAAAUGUCGGGUUCGCCGCCGCCGCCGCCUCCCCUGAUGAGGCCGGAAUUUGACGUUGAUAGGCUGAGCCAGGCGGUUCUCUGCUUCUCAGAGACAAUAUACCGGUCGAACGGUGUGUGGGAAGGGCCUGAUCCAUUGACACCCAUAAUUCCUCUCUUCCUCCUCCAGAUAAUGGUGGCCAUUCUCUUCUCCCGCCUUCUCAACUUGGCUCUGAAACCUUUCAACCAGCCUCCCAUCGUUGCCGAAAUCAUUAGUGGGAUUCUACUGGGUCCAUCAGCAUUGGGAGGAAUCAAGAGCUUCCGAAAUAUGCUCUUCCCUAACUACAAUUUCGAGAUAAUAGAGACAAUGGCCCAUUUAGCCCUUGUACUCUACGCGUUCAUGAUCGGACUCCAAACUGACGUCAAAGCAGUCCUGCGAACCGGAACCAAGUCCAAGGCCGUCUCGCUUUCUGGCAUCAUGGUCCCAUUCCUCAUAGGCACCUCUUUGUAUUACUCAUUGCCGCAUGAUGAGAAGCCGGGUGGUUUUGUAUUCUGUGGCGGCGCACUCACGGUCACUGGCUUCUCCACGCUGGCCAUCAUCCUAGAAAAACAGAAGGUUCUCCAGACAGAUGUUGGAAAAGUUUCUUUAUCGGCAUCCUUAGUCUAUGACCUGUCAUCAUGGGUGCUUCUUGCAUUAGGAUUAAUGACUUCGGGGAGCAGUGAGAACAUACAUUGGGCCAUUAUCUGCAGUCUUGCAUACAUGGUGUUCUGUGUGUAUUAUCUACGUCCAUUAUUGGCAUGGAUGGUGAGGAAGACUCCUGAAGGACAGGGGUACAGUGAGUACUACAUAUGUUCUUUAUUAGUCGGGAUGAUGGUCUCGGGUAUCAUCACAGAUGCUAUCGGGACGCACCCGAUGAUUGGAGCGUUUAUUUUCGGGCUUUUGGUGCCUUCUCAGGUUCUUGAGGCAGCUGUUCUCGACAGGCUUGAGGACUUCGUUAUGGGAGUCCUCAUGCCCGUCUUCUUUGUGGUCUGCGGCCUUAGAACCAACAUUGAUGUCAUGGCUAGUGGUGUGAGCGUGUUUACUGUGAUCAUGGCGAUACUCUUCGCUUUCGCCGCUAAGACGCUAGGUGCUCUUUUCUCUACUUGCUUCUCUGGCUUGUCAUAUAAGGAGGCCAUUGCUGUUGGAGUUUUGACAAACACCAAAAGUACCAUGGCUAUGGUUAUUCUUGAGAUAGGUCAAGUGCAAGAGGCUUUGAGUACUCAAACGUAUACUGUAAUGGUGGUUUCCGUAUUGAUGAUGACAAUCGUGGUGACGCCAUUGACGACCAUGUACCGUCCAUCACAGAAUUUGGUGCCAUACAAACGGAGAACUAUAGCAAAGGCAAAACAAAAUGAAGAGCUACGAGUCCUGGCAUGUAUCCACGGAACUAACGACAUUCCUCCCAUCAUACAGCUUUUAGAAUCCUCGAAUUCCACCGAGAAGUCACCAAUUAGCGCAUUCGGCCUCCAACUGGUUGAGCUCGUCGGUCGCGCUCCAGCCAUGCUCGUCGUCCACAACUCCAGCCGGCGAGGGGUUUGCAGAAACCUAAGCCACGAGGAGGUCCAGACGAGCCAAAUCAUUAGCGCGUUUGACAACUACGAGCUUCGUUCAGAGGGAGUCACCACUCAGGUUCUAACCGCAAGGUCGGCUUUCCCAACAAUGGCGGAAGACAUUUGUAAUUUAGCCAGGGAGAAACGGGCGGCCUUCAUCAUCCUCCCCUUCCACAAGCAACAGUCCCCCGAAGGUGACAUGGAAGAGACAAAUCCAGCAAUUCAGAGCGUUAAUGAGGGAGUGCUUGUCAACGCACCAUGCUCGGUCGGGAUCCUCAUCGACCGCGGGCAUUCUUACUCAAAUGUGCCUGCCCGGAACAUUGUGAUGCUCUAUUUCGGCGGGCCAGACGACAGAGAAGCGUUGACGUUAGGGCAGAGAAUGGCCGAGAAAUCAGGGGUACAUCUGACCGUGAUAAGGUUCAUGCCGGGGAAAGACGUUCCGGAAAUGGACCCGAUGGGAUUCUCCGGCUACAACAGAAGCUUCGUUAGCAUAAGCAUCGACGCCGACAAAGACAGAGAAUCAGAUGAAUUAUUUCUCAACAAUUUCAAAUCCGCCACGGCGGAGGACAAAUCUGUUACGUACGUAGAGGUGGUGUUGAACGAUGAAGAAGAAGCCAUCAACGCUAUAAAAGCCAUGGACGGUCGAAAAUACGAUUUGUACAUGGUGGGGAGGGGACGAGGGAUAGCGUCGCCGUUAACGGCGGGGCUAGCAGACUGGUGUGACUGUCCAGAGUUGGGCGCAAUAGGAGACCUUUUGGUGACGUCGGAGUUUGAAUCGGCGUUCUCGGUACUAGUGGUUCAACAGUAUAUGAAAUCGUUUAGAUCUGGUGAAGAAUCUGUACAAUCUUCAGACAGGAUGAGUCAAAUGAUGAUCGAUAGCAAUACCAGCAACAAUAACAACAAUAUCAAUAGUAACAGCACUAAGGUGGAGGAGAUGGCCCUCCGACGAUCGGCAUCUGAGAGUGAAUCGGCAUUCGAGUCAUUUUCGAGCUUUAAUGGGAGAGAUCACAUCUAAUCACCUGCGGGUUAAAUUUCUGAGUAAUUCAAAGUAUGAAACAAAUCAAAUUGUUACGAGUAUUAUUAUUACUUUUAAUUUCACAAAUUCACAAGUCAAAAAUUUUGUUAUCGCACCUCAGUUUUUCAUCCUGUUGUUCAUCCAUAGUAGCUUAUUUUCAGUAGUUGGUUGAGCUAGUUCUUUUGAUCAAUUCAUGUAGACCAAAUUUAUCAAUCAUUUUAUUUUCUCUUCGACUUUGAAAUGGAAUUCAUGUGUAGAAUCGAUAAGUCUCAAAUGAAG